UAGGGCUUUGUUAUUGGAUCAUUUCCAUGGCGCGAGAGGGAGUGGUAUUCCUGGCGCUUGCGCUGCUGGCGGUCACUGCUGCCAGAGUCAUCGAUGCGUCGAGCGAGAGCAGCGAUGUUCUUGAGCUCGACGACUCCAACUUCGCGGACGAGAUCAAGAAGCACGACUUCAUCGUCGUCGAGUUCUACGCGCCCUGGUGUGGGCACUGUAAGAAGCUAGCUCCCGAGUACGAGAAGGCGGCGACCGCACUGAAAGAACACAACAUCGUUUUGGCCAAAGUAGACGCGAACGAGGAGAAGAACAAGAAGAUUGCGUCGGACUAUGAGAUCCGGGGUUUCCCCACCUUGAAGAUCAUUCGCAAGGGGACCGUGGAGGAGUACAAGGGGCCGCGCGACGCAGAUGGCAUUGUGAGCUACUUGAAGAAACAAGCCGGGCCAGCCACAGUGGAGCUAACUUCUACUGAAGAGGCUGGAGAUUUCGUUGGACAGAACAAGAUAGCUAUUAUUGGAGUUUUUAAGUCUUAUGAUAGCGAAGAGUUCCAAAACUUCACGGCUCUCGCGGAAGCGCUCAGAUCUGAGUACGACUUUCGUCACACACUGGACGCUUCCGUGCUGCCUCUGAAGGACGAGCCACUGAAAGCUCCGGCAGUCAGGCUGUUCAAGGUUUUCGACGAACGUUUUAACGACUUCACGAAUUUCUAUGUCGAGGAGCUCAAAAAGUUUGUGGAGGAAUCGAGCUUGCCUCUUGUGACCGAGCUGAAUCAGGACCCCGAAAUGCAGCCGUUUCUAAUGAAGUUUUUCAACAAGGAGGCGCCAAAGGUGUUUCUGUUUGUCGAGUCGAGCCAUGACGAAGAAUAUCGACCUGCUUACAAGAAGGUUGCAGAGUCAAACAAACCAAAAGGCCUUCUUUUCCUUGCUGCCAACAGCGCAGGAAACGACCAUGCUCUUCAGCACUUUGGUCUUGCAGCUGCAAAGCUGCCGUCCAUUGUUGUACAAGACGCACAAGGGAAAAAGUUCGCAGUAGAGACGAUCGAAUCAUCAAAGCUAUCCAGUUUUGUGGACGACUAUUUGGCUGGAAAGCUCAAGCCGUGGGUGAAGUCCGAGCCCGUUCCCGAGAAAAACGAUGAACCAGUCAAAGUGGUGGUGAGGAACACUUUGAACGACCUCGUUAUCGAGUCUGGGAAAGAUGUUCUUUUGGAAUUCUACGCGCCGUGGUGUGGCCACUGUAAGAAACUGGCGCCCACGCUGGACGAAGUCGCGGAACACUUCAAGGAUGAUCCCAAGGUCGUCAUCGCGAAACUGGAUGCCACUGCCAACGACAUUGAAGACGAAACGUUUGACGUCCAGGGCUUCCCCACGCUCUACCUCUACACGGGCGCCAAGCAAGCCGUCAAGUACGAGGGCGAUCGAAGCAAGGAGGAUUUGAUCAGCUUCGUUGACAAGCACAGAACCUCGGCUGCUCCUUCGGCGACACCGGACGCCGGCGAGCCUUCUAAAGACGAGCUGUGAUUUCCGUCGGGAGAAUUUUUGCGAAGCGAUGGAAUGGUGCUUUAUGUUAUGUGUUGCCGGAAACUAAUAAGACGAGAUCAAUCCAUCACUUUGCUGGA